CGGUGGGUGUCACAGCGCCGUGAUUGAUUGGCUGGUUGGAAUUUUGGGGGCUGUCUGCCUGUGAUUGGGUAGGUCUGUUGGGAGGGCGGUGCGGUAUUGAGAGGUUCUUCGUUGCUUCUGGCUAGUCAACCUUAUCGAGUUGCUGUUGGUGGAAGAUUUGGCGUGUGAAUACUUAACGGAGCCAUGGGCGUGGAAGGUUGCAUGAAGUGCAUCAAAUACCUGCUGUUUGUUUUCAAUUUCCUUUUCUGGCUUGCAGGAGGAGUGGUUCUCGGUGUGGCUCUCUGGCUCAGACAUGAUCCUCAAACAACUCAAGUGCUGGAUACACACUUUGAAGAUAAGUCGGCCCCAAACACCUUCUUCAUAGGAGUCUACAUCCUGAUUGGUGUUGGAGCUGUGAUGAUGAUUGUCGGUUUUCUCGGUUGCUAUGGUGCCAUCCAGGAAUCCCAAUGCAUGCUGGGAACGUUCUUCGUCUGUCUGGUGGUUCUGUUUGCUUGUGAGGUUGCUGCCGGGAUCUGGGGAUUCGUACACAAGGAUGAGGUGGCCAAUGAGUUUAAGACAUUCUAUGACCAAGCCUCCACUGCUUACAUGAUGCCACUGCAAAGCAAAGAAAAGAAGGAUCAGGCUAAAACUGUGUUAGUGACCUUGCAUAAUGCGUUGGACUGCUGUGGAAGCAACAUUAUAAGCAGGGCGCUCACUUCUGAGCUCUGUCCCAAACAGAAGGGAAUAGGUGUCAUGAAGCUGGUCGACUGCAGUACACGGAUCAAUGAGCUGUUUACUAAGAAGCUGUACAUUAUUGGGAUCGCUGCUGUCAUCGUUGCAGUUAUCAUGAUCCUGGAGAUGAUUUUCAGCAUGGUACUGUGCUGUGGGAUCCGAAACAACUCUGUGUACUAGAGGCCUGCCUCCUGCUGCCACCUCACAGGACGGCUGGUGAGCACAGCAGAUAGAAAAGCUUUGUAGUGGAAUAGACCUAGUCAUUAAAAUACCCAAACUAAUCCUGUUCUCUGUGAUGUUGCCACUUGUCAUGCUCAGUUUUAAAAAAAUAUAUAUAUAUUAUGUUUUUUAUAUAUUAUAUAAAAUCAUCUCUCCUGGCAUUGACGGUUCUCCCUUGGUGCUAAGCGCAGCUUAUGCUGGAGAAUUUGGUGUGCAGAUAACAUCUGAUACCUAUUCAUUAGGUCUACAGCAAGCACAUCAUGUCCUCCAUCAAACAGUGCUUUUGAGCUGCAGCAAAGUCACAAAUUUGAGUUAGGAUGUUGAGGCAAUAAGAGACUGGACACCCAUAGUGCUGCUGGAGGGGGCUCAAUGCUCCUAUUGAUCUGAAGCCUUGGGGUUUGUUUGUGUGUACGUAUGUGUGUGGUGUGUGUGUGUGUUUUUUAAAUUGGAAUCUAAAUUGACAGUUUCAGACAACUACACCAGUUGUGAACCGUCUUGUGCCCAAAGUUUGCAUUCAACUUGUGCAAACUUUCUAAGUGAUUGUACUGAUUUCAAAGUUUUGAUCUUUCUUCCCAUUGUACUGCAGGUACCUUUUAAAAGUAUACAUGUAUAAUAUAGCCAGUGCAGUGAGUAACUUAUGAUGGGGGCUGGUCACAGUACCUGGCCGGUUGCUUGCUUGAUUUGUUUCUUGUGUAUCACUUGUAUCCAGUUAAAUAACAUAGUCUAAAUGAAGUACAGGAAUCUGGGCUGUGCCCCCACCCACCCAAAAGCCUCUGCUGAAUUUUAAAGUCUUGUGUAUUGAUGUAAACUAAAAGAUUCUUCUGCCUGUAUGUUCAGGUAAUUAUUUUUGUUUUUUAUAUUGGGAUUUCAGAUACAUUGGGAUCUUUAUGCUUGAAGCCCAGCCAGUGUUUGUGACAUCCUCAGCCUGAAGGCCUCACAUAGUUAACCAGUAUUUUGAGAAAUUGCUUGUGUAUAAUCUCCAAUGCUUGGCUUUCAGACUGCUGCUGCCUUUGAUAAAAAUCUUUGCAUUUUACCAUUUAAAAUGGAGUCAACCAUUUCAUUCUAACAGAGUCCCGAAGGAACCAUAAUGAGCAGAUCUGGACACAGUACUUUUAAAUCCAUUUCUACAUUCUGACUGCUUAAGCAUGGAAGUGAUGGUGCUACAUGGAUACUGAGCUGUGGCUUCUGCCAGAGUUUGUGUUGGGACAGAAUCUGGAACAUUUCUCUCAAAGCUUCUCCAUUAUGUGCCUAGAACAUAAAACAUUUUCUUUCUGCUAGGGCUUCCUACAAGUUGACAGAACAGUGCCUUUGUCUCUGUGUCAAAGCCAAUUGUGGUUUCCCUUAGUUAAUUGAAUGGCAGGAGGUUGAGUAAACAUGGGAGCUGAGAUUUGAGAGUCCACUUGCUACCCUAGGGAAACCUUGACCACAACAAUGCAUUUAGCAGCUGCAUCCUAUGUUCAAAAGGAAGGUGAUUGAUUAUUGAUCAGUCAGCCAAUAGCAUCUUUAAUAAUUUGAUUUUUCUCUAGACCUCAUCCCUAGAAAUUGAGGGGUCUUGAUCUGGGGAGCAGUUAUUGCCUUUCCCUAUUUCCUCCAUUCAUGUAAAACAUGUACAGUUUACUUGUUAAGAAUUGGGUACAUUUUGUUCAAUGUUAAUGAUUUGUAUCUUAAGUCUGGUUCAGAGUGUACUUGUCAGAAAUGAGUUUGCCUUCAGAAUGGAAAGAGUGCUAACUGGUGUAGUGUUUAAUUUACAAAGGGAUGCUUUAAGGAGAUGAUUGAUGACCCUUGAUUCAUUUGUGUAGCUAGCUGCAGAGAUGGUUGGUUGCACAGACAUAUUGCCACCAACAAUUUCCAAUGAAGUGCCCAUUUACUUUUGUCAGGCUACCUUUCUAUCACAGAUGUUUAGAAGGGCUUGGCUGUUUUGAUUGUGAUGUCUUGAAUUGGUUGAACCUUUAUAUACAUUGGAUUAUAUUACAUGUAAUGUGUCCCAUAUUUUUAGCAUGUCUGCAUCCACAGGGUUUGUAUACAACUUGCCUGUUCUGUGAAUACGUAACAAUAAAGAUCACUUCCUUUAACACA